UACGACUUGAUAUACGGCUCAGAAUUACUAACUGCCUCUGUAAAUCGAGAUCGCCGACUUCUUGGCAUGGUUUUGUGAUUGCUAACGCAGACUAAAAGUUAAGCGAGCCAAUUCGCGGAAAGUAAACAACAUUCACUCCACUCCUAAGUCCAAAGUCCAAUAGACACAUUCAUCAGCACACAGGCAUUCGGACUCUCGCUAUUUCAUUUCAGACACUACCCAUUCUAGCCUCGUCAAGGCCAUCUUAUAGCCUCUCGCCGACGCCAUCUCCAAUUCCUCGACCCAAUUCUCGACAGCAGCCGAAAUCACGAAAGCUUUCGAGGACAUGUCACAGACAACCACGAAGUAUCCCGAUGCUUUGAAACGUAUAGCUAUCAAUUCCUUGGAAGCUCCUCCACCAAAGCGCAAGCUACUGUGGCUCAUGUCGCAAGCAAGCUCAAGCACCAUGUCUCGUCGCUCAAGUCUCGAUACACAGGAGAUUACUCCGCCUCUCAACUUCUUCAUACCCCAGCGAAUGGUGGAAGUGACCGUCGUCGAUCACGACAAGACUGACGUUUUCGGAUUUGCCAAGAAUCAUCAAAUCUUCACUAUCCCUCACAAUGUCCUCCCUCGCCCAUUUCUCCGGCGCUUUCCGAAAACGUUUGAUUAA